CGGCAGCCCUCUAGCCACCUGCGCAUCUCGUUCCUCCAUCUGGGCAGUCAAUUUACUGGCAGUCACAACAAGAUGACUGUUCCGAUACAGUCAAGUACAUUCCAGCAAGACGUUCCUCAAACUGAGAUCAUCAAGAUCCCAGACGUCGGCGAAUGGGGGCGUGACGAACUCAAACACCAGUGUUUCGACCUCCGCAUAGCCGUCUUUACUCAUGAACAGGGCUUCCCUCUCGACGUCGAGAUAGAUGAAGCCGACGAGACCGCAACACACUUCCUCUUGCGGCUCGUCCCUUCAUCGGAACCCAUCGGCACAAUACGCGCCGUACGCAUCGGCGAUGACUACAAGCUCAGCCGAUUAGUCGUGCUCAAGCAGUAUCGGAAGUAUCAAUUUGGUCGAGCGCUCGUAUUGGCAUUGCAUGAAUGGGUAGUGCGCGAUGCGCAACUGCGCGGAGCUCCCCCCGAUUCGUAUGUUAGAUGCAUAACACAUUCUCAGAUACCCGUCAAGUCAUUCUAUGCAAAGUACGUUAUCACCACAGUCCCCUAAAUGUUCAACACUGCUUCUGUUCUUCAAUUUGUUUUACUUCGUUCUAUGUGCGACGAUUACACGUCCAGAAUCAGCAGUGGCAGAAUUAGACUUGACUAUCUCAAGUAAAUUAGAACCAAAUUGCUGCGGACUACCUUACUUUGUCCUUUCAAUCCGCGAUACUCAUGUCUUCCAGGGGAGCCACUCCUCCGAACCUGGUAAAAACCGCGGCAGU